AACACAAAAAGAGAAUCUUUUGCCCCCCUCUUCCUCUCUCUCUCUCUCUCUCUCUCCCAUCUGUCUUGUUGAUCCAACCAAUUCAACGUACGCUCGUCCACCAUUCCCCUAAAUCUUUACAUCAUUUGACGUCAUUCUUCUUUCUUUCGUUAUGAGUCCGAGAGAAGGGAGGAGGCCACGGAUCGACCGGUGGUUUUGAAGGUGGAGCCUCUCUCAUCUUUCUAUCCUUUCUUCUUUACCCUCCUCGGCGGUGAUUGAUCAGGGGUGAUGAGAUCGGAGAAGGAGCGGCAGCGGCUGCGGGGCCUUCUCGAGGAAGAAUCGGAGGAGGAACGAUAGGGGUUUGAUUGAUGUUAGGUGAAGGCGUCGGCGCUGGCGUGGGCUGGGAGGCAAAUCAUCAUCUUCUCAUCGAUGGAGACGUGGUUGUUGCCGAGGAAUGCUGCUUCUGAUGCUCCGCUUCCUAAUUCUACCCGACUAUCCUCUCAGAUGGAAUGGCAGAUCCGGCCAAUUAUGGGAACCCCGACCGUGACAUACAACAGGCACUCGUUGCAUUGAAGAAAGGCACCCAAUUAAUUAAGUAUAAUCGGAAAGGAAAGCCUAAACUCUGCCCCUUCAGAAUUUCUAGUGACGAGACAACACUGGUUUGGUUUUCUCAUAAGAAAGAGAGGGCUAUUAAAUUGGCUUCUGUCACACGAAUUGUUCCUGGACAGAGAACUGUAAGUUUUACUUAG